CUAUCCUCUCGCAUACCACCACAUCCGCGUGAGCACUCACCAUGGCUCCUUCUGUCGUGACUCUCGACAAUACGGCCGACUUCGAUUUCAGCGACGACUUCGCCGCCGCCCCCACUUCCAACACCACCACCACCACCACAAACGGCGCGGGACAUGGAAACGCAAAUGGGCAUGGCAGCACACGAACCUUGCUGCUUGCACCCCCUUCCGUAGCGUCACAUCCAUCUGCGUUGACGGAAGUGGCCGAGGCGUAUGAUCGAUCACAAACAGACAUUCAAAUGCUGGAUCGCCUGGCGCUGGGCCUAGUCUCUCUCCCCCCCACCACAUAUGAUGUCGUCCUCGUACUAUCAGAGGUGGAUCAGACGCAGGAAGGAAGCGCUCCGCCACUGGAUCGCACAGUCAUGCAGCGGAUAGUGGAAAGCAUGAAGGCGGGAGGAAGAUUGAAGAGUCAGGAUGGCCGCUUUGGCACAUCCUCAAGUGCUGAUCAGACGGAAGCGAUUCUGGCAGGAUUGAUUAGUGGCAAUGGCGAUGGCAUGGUCAAGCCGGAUAUAUCUUCAGCCAUGCAGACCGUGAAAUUGAGCUUCGGCAAGAAGAAGAAGGCGGACGCUGCGGCCGUGCCUGCGAAUGAACUGGAGGCGGCGAACACUGGCAAGAGGAAGAUGGGUGAUGUCGAGAUGGGGCACACCAACGGCACUGGUAAUGGCAAUGGCGCGGUGCAGAGUGUCGAUACUGUCAAGUCCACGCCUGCAGGCGUUGGUUUCAUUGAGAACGAGGAUGACUGGGAUAGUGCCGAGGACGAGUUCCCAGACGACGAUGAACUGGAGCGCGCUGGCAGAAUUGACCCAGAUACACUGCUGACCGAAGCAGACAGGCAGAAGCCGCUAAACAUUCCUGAAGCCUGCAAGCCUAAUGGAACCAAGCGGCGGCGAGCUUGCAAGGAUUGCACCUGUGGUCUUGCUGAGCGCAUUGCUGCGGAAGACAAAGCCAAGCGUGCCGAAGCGGAUAAGAACCUGCAGAAGCUUAACGUGGCAGCGCCAACACUGCAGGCCGACGACCUCGCCGAAGUUGACUUCACAGUUCAAGGCAAGGUCGGGUCUUGCGGGAAUUGCGCACUGGGCGACGCCUUCCGCUGUGAUGGCUGCCCUUACAUUGGUCUCCCAGCGUUCAAGCCGGGCGAAGAAGUGCGGCUGCUGAACAACGUCGUGCAGUUGUAACCCACUUCACUUUUGAAUCAUGAUUUAUGGCAUCAGCGUGGCGUUCUUGGCGGAAAGAGACUACAGCUGGCAUAGAGGUCUGGCAACUGAUUUUGCACAUAUUGGAGGGGGAAAGAUGCUGCACAUACCGGAUAGUGUACCCCGCUGGUAGAUGAGGGCGCGCAUCAUGGGCGGCAUUGAAUUUGAAUUGACAUGAUUCGCACGGAGACAUCGAUUAACUUACCUUAGGGAGUAAUCAAAAGUCGUGUUGAUGUCAAUCAAAGUAAUAACAAGCAAAUCUUUGCUCC